UUGAGUUAUACUGUAACAUGUACUCAUUGACAAUUAUUUACGAAAAGGCAAGCUAUGGCUAGUGAUAGGGAGAGUGAGAGACUGUUUUCCCUGCGAUUGUCCCGGGUGAUCGGGGAUAUCGGAGUCAACAGAUGGAUGAUUGCCAGGAGAAGGAAAACAUACCUAAGGAGGGAGAUUAGAAUAAAUGUUCCAGCCAUGUUAAGAGAUUGCAAUAACACUAAUUACAUAUUUGGUAGCCAGACUGAGGCCACAACAACAGCAGGGAUGGAAUCUGAUACUGACUUCUUGCAUUGUGAUAACACAGUUUGUGUGGCCCUUGACUGGUGUUACUGGCAACAUGGAAAAUAUAACCUGCUGGUGUUAAAGAAUGAACUCACUCCUCCUCAACACUGCUACUUGCAGAGACUCAGAAGCGACUGCCCGCUACCGUCAGAACAACUAGAAGGUCCUGAUGAUGUGCAGGAUGUGGAAGGUAGAAUUAUAGUUUCCAAUACAAGGGUUAAACGACAGGACUUAUAA